AUGGGACUCUCACUAUCCUCACUGUUCAGCUCCUUGUCGUCGCUGGUUCGAUGGAGUAAGGAUCAGGAUGUGCGGAUCCUUAUGUUGGGAUUGGAUUCUGCUGGCAAGACAACCAUUCUCUACCGCCUCCAGAUCGGAGAGGUUGUCUCCACAAUACCGACUAUUGGAUUCAAUGUCGAAACCGUGCAGUAUAAAAACAUCAAGUUUCAAGUUUGGGAUCUCGGUGGACAAUCCAGUAUUCGUCCGUAUUGGCGAUGCUACUUCCCGAAUACUGCUGCCAUCAUCUAUGUCAUCGACUCCUCGGACCAUGCACGAUUACAAACGUCACGGACAGAACUCCUCACAAUGCUUUCGGAAGAGGAGCUAAAAGGGGCACCUCUCCUCGUUUUCUGCAACAAGCAGGAUGUAGAUGGUGCCUUAAAACCGGAGGAGAUUAGUGAAAAGCUUGGUCUAGCUGGCGGAGAGAAAACCCGUCCAUGGAGCGUUCGUGGUAGCUGCGCAACGAAAGGAGAAGGUCUUGAGGAAGGGCUAGACUGGCUUGUCAACGCAAUCCAGCAGAAGUGA